GCACUCCGAGCCACACACACUCUGAGUGAGGCUCGGCACAGGCAUCGCACACACAGUCAGUAAUCAUGUCCAGUGGAGAUAAAUCCAAGACUUCCUCCCAGACUGACGGAAAGGCUGUUCAGAGCAAGAAGUCUGAGAUGGGAAUGAUGUCCUACAAGAUGUAUGUGUUCGACCAGGAGAACUUCCAGGGUCGCAUGAUCGAAAUCAGCAAUGAGUGCAUGAAUGUGUGUGAGAUGGGCAUGGACCGCGUGCGUUCCCUGCGUGUUGAAUGUGGACCCUUCGUGGGCUUUGAGCAGAUGAACUUCUGCGGUGAGAUGUACAUCCUGGAGAAAGGAGAGUAUCCCCGCUGGGAUUCCUGGAGCAACUGCCAGAAGAACGACUACCUGCUGUCCUUUAGACCUGUCAGAAUGGAUCCCGAGAAGCACAAGAUCUGCCUGUAUGAGGUGGGAGAGUUCAAGGGCCGCAAGAUGGAGAUCAUGGACGAUGACGUCCCCAGCCUGUUCUCCUAUGGCUUCACUGACAGAGUGGGCAGUAUCAUUGUCAGCUGUGGAACCUUUGUGGGAUACCAGUUCCCCGGAUACCGUGGCAGCCAGUACCUGCUGGAGAAGGGCGAAUACAGGCACUUCAAUGAAUAUGGUGCCCGCCAUCCUCAGUUCCAGUCUGUGAGGCGUAUCCGUGACAUGCAGUGGCACCAACAGGGCUGCUACACCAUGGCCAGCAAGUGAGGCUCAGGGAAGGAGAGAAAGAGAAAGAGCGGAGGUGAGGGAGAGGGGCGGAGGAAGCGGGAAAGGGGGAGAGAUGUCUGAAGCCUUUACCUCAGUGCCUUAAAAAAAGGCAUUUGAUCUAAUGCAGUGAGGGGAAGGGUGAGGAUCUGUAUCUGCCCCUGACUGGAGACAACACCUCAGUGGAAGGGCCCCAAAACCAUCAGACCACCCUCCAUUCCCCUCUGUCUCUAUUUUUCUCUUUCUCCCCUAUGGGCUGAGCAUUGCUUUCCCUGCUUUUCUUCCUUUUUUUUUUUUUUUAUUUUUAAAGUCCCUCACUUCAUUCCCCUCCACAGUCCUCUGAGACACAGAAGAGGGAACAGUGUCUCUGACUGUUUUACACACAUGAUUCUCGGCUCAGGGUAUGAUGCAUCAUGGGACACUGAGUCCUUAGAGCCCCCUGUUCCCACGUCUUCCUGCCCCUGUGCAUUGCACACCCUCUCUGCUGUACAGAAUCCUGGCCAAGUUUUCAAUAAAAAGGAAAAUCUUGAUUUCAAA